CAAAUGGCUUAUUGGAUACCAUCAUCGGUGAUCUGCUCAAUCUCAUCGAUGGAGGCCUUCUCAGUGAACUCUUCGUGUUUGAGUCGGUUGUCUGCCGGAAGUCACCAUUGCUGUCAAAACUUCUUGCUCAACGCGAGAAUGAAAGGCACGGACGUCUUGCUGCCACCGGAAGUCCACUGUUGCUGGCCGUGUCCGAGGAGUCGGGCCAGCUGGAUCUGAAAGAGGCAUUUCUCAAGUCCUUCAUCAGGGAGGAGCAUUUCCUGGAAACCAUAAUUAACACUGCUGUGAAAAAGUUGCACAAGGGAGAAUCCGAAGUCGCACUUCGUCUCUUUGCACAUCCCGUUCUGCAAGACUUCUACAUCAUUGCCUUAUUUCGUGCGUGGAAUGAAGUUGUGUCUGACAACGAUGCAAGCUGUGUAUUGCAGGCAUUAGACAACACCAAGACCACAACAUGGAGCAGUCAGGAAACUCACAGCUUCCUCAUGGAAAUGCGGUAUCGCCUGUUUGUGACGGAAUGGAUCAUCUCGCUGCAGAGGAAAAGAAAGACUUCUUUGACAUCUAUGGCUGAUGUCAAAGCCAGGCACCGCACAAUCUUUGGAAUGCUUCAGCACCAGUCCGUGCUGCGAGUGCUUCACAAGACCUUGGGCCUUGGAGAGUUGGAUCGAAGUUGCACGUUUCGCCUCCUGAGUGGGCAGUGCCUUGUUGCCGGUGAAAGCGUAGAUGUCACGUACCACUCCAGCCCUGCUCGUAGCAGAGACUGCGCCCUCUACCGAGGAUACCUAGCCAUGCAGCAUGCAAUGAACGCCAUGCAUUCGGCCAUUGUGCUACACCAUUUGGGAUGCAGUGUUGCCAAGCUUCGGGAACAAGAGCAACUGCAAGAGGAUCUUCCAGAUGACCUUGUCUUGAGGCAGUGCGAUUCUCUUGCCGAUGCUGUCGCCAUGUAUGGAUUUGGGCCAGUACAUAAGCACGUUGUCCUCGACGAGCUGGGGCAUUUUGAGGAAGAGGUUGGACAGUUACACCCGUUGACAUUUCGUUUGGAAGUUCUCGAGAACACCUUCUCACUUCUCUUUGUGACCCAUGUCAAUUUACGAAGAGAUGCAAGUGAUGACGAAGAUGCCACCGACGCAGAAGAUGAUGCCAGAAGUGACGAGCAUCAUUCAAGUCAGUCACCGUUGGAGGUGUCAGUGACUCCAGAUGCACAUGACACCGAAUCAGACGGUGACAUUUGUAAAAACAACACCGAGAAUCAAGCAGCUAGCGUCUAUGUGUCGGCAUCGAGCAGCGUUGUCAAGGAGACGAGCGACUCGCUUUCGGGCAAAGGCAGCACGGCUAGCAGCAACGCAGCCAAUCGGAUGGCUACGGGCUUGGUGGGCUUCUUGUGCCCUCCUUUCCUGGUGCCCAGCAUGCUGGCCUCUCUGUCCACAGCUGUCCUGGCCACGCAGGCCGAACUUUUCAACCGGUCAGCUCAGAGAAAAGCCAUGGCUUCAGGUGGUGGAGACUCGCUGCCUCAGGAGCCGCCUGUGUCGUCCUCGGUCAGCUGGGAGGAGCUUCCGUCUCGGUUGGACCAGCUGCGCAAACACGUGGUUGAAGCCCAGUGGCGAUAUGAACUGGUCACAUCUUCGGAGCCAUUACCAGAAGCAGACCCACCUGUGUCGCACGUUAGUCCCCUCGACAUCAUCAAGGAAAGCCCCGAAGGUAGUCCAGUACAACGUAAAACUGGACGGAAGCCCAAGAAACGACGGCGCCGAUCUUCGCUUGUGUUGCAGCGUGGUGACUGCACCAUUAUUGAAAAGAUGCUGGCCAGCUUUGAAGCAUUGCUGAAACACUGCCUUUGGCGUGGAAAUUACGAGAAGGCUGCCCAAGUGGUUCAGGUUCUUAACCUUGAGGGAACUCACGAUGCUCAGGAACUUCAGUUCAGCCGUCACUUGGAGGAGGUCACUGGGAACCUCACCAAUAUCUCCACUCCGGCCAACCGCUCCACAUACUCCACUUCAUCUGCUUCCACUUCCCUCAUUGGUCAGGCUGCACGGGAAGGCCUGCACCUCACGAUGGCCACGGCUCUGGUCGAUCGUCUCCUCUGCUCCGACGGAGUGCCCACCAUACCCGAAGCGGAGCUCCUAAUGCGCAACAGGUCCAGCUCAUUCAGCACCAGCUCCGAGGGAUUGAUCAUCGAAAAUGGCCAUUUAAACAUUGCUAGCGGAAACACGGCUGCUCGUAACUUUGCGGAGGAAUACGGCAGCGGUGGACCUCACGUUGCUGCUGUGGCGGAUUUGGCGCUCACCGCCGAUGUUCCACGUGAUGUUGCAGAGCGUUUGCUGGCGCUCGCAGUCAGCAAGCGUGAAACUGAGGUGUCGGGAAACUUGCACGGCCGAGUUCCUCGCCUGACAACUACGUUGGAAGCAUUGCGACGGUUUCUUCAGGAAGCCAAUGAAGAUGACGGCAUCGUCGGUGCCGUAGGGUGCUGCUCAAAAGACGAAGAGACGUCGCUCAAGACGUUGCUUGUUGGAUUUGUGGAUGAGUUUGAUGCGGAGAAACUGCAUAAGCAGCGAGCAGCGUGGCGUCAGAUAGAAUCCCUGUACAGUAAGGUACGCAGCCUGUUGGAUCUCCACAUGCCCAGUUUGCUGUCUUCAAAUUCAUCAUCCUCCGGUGAUGAGGAGUCGCGCGUGGAGCUUCAUCGUUCCUUCCUCGAACUGAGCAAGGCCACAGUUUCGGAGCAGAGAGCCGACCUGACGUUCCUGCCUGCCGUGAAGUUCGACUUCCUGCGUUCCGUCUACGCCCACGCUCGACAACUCCACAAGGCCAUUCGUGAAGCCUCGCAGCAAUCAAAGACCAAAAUGGCACGGAUGUCCGAUGACAGCUACUUCUGGGUACUCAGCCAGAGUCCGUCAAAGCUGCUCGCACGGCUUGUCCUGCGUGAAGAAGUUGCUCCGUCACGUCUGGAAACCCUGGCGCACCAGAUGAAGCUAAGCCUGGCCAAUGUUCUUGCCCACGAGUGCUGUCCUCAUGUUCUUCUAAAGAGUGCACACAAAUCGGAAACACAGUUUUCGAUGGAUUCUCCCAGAGUGCUCAAUGACUGUGGUGAAAGUGCCGCAACCGAUUCCUCCAGGCAUCCAAAUUACGUCGUCAAGUGCCUCUUGAAGGGCCUCGUCAAGUUGAUGGAAGCGCACAUGGAAAGGAGUGAUGCUGUGGUCACAUUAAAUGGUGCCAGAGCCCUUGGACAGAGUGAAGCUUUUGCCUCGUGGGCCAAAGGUUGUGCUUCGCUUGCACACGUUGACCUCUCUCAGCUGCACAGGGGUGUGGGUCAGCUUGCGUUCUUCAUUAAUCUCGCCAACUUGUUGACGCUUCACACUGCCAUUCUCCAGGCUGCAAAUGUCUCAGAAGAUGAACUGGUGGAGAUACGGUUUGUGCCCAUCACCUCCCCUCACCUGCACCAGAGGGCACUGCAGGAAAGGCUAGUGGCUUACAGUGUUGGGCAGCUAGGCAUUGUCUCGUUGUUUUACAUCAAAAGGAGGGUUCUCUUCCGUGACCAUCAAAUGGAUGUUGUCUCUGGAGACGGCUGCGAUCCUCUUUUGGAAAUGCUGACCUCUCAGGAGCCACCUGUGAAGAAAGAGUUCGCACCCCACUUCCAUCCCAAAGCUGUUUUUGCUCUGGUUCAAGGCCACAUUUCUGACCCCAAGAUUGAGGUAAUCUAUCCGGAGACCAUAGAAAGCCAGCUGCAGGCAGCAGUGGACAGAUGUAUGGCACGCAUCAAAGCCAUGACUAGGCAGGGAGUCAGAAUGAUCAUUUUCCCAUGGCAAAUGCACUUUUUCUUGACUACUGACAUGCAACUCGAUGAAAGCUGUGAAGAACUGAGGAGCUCCUUGCAGCAAAUUGUUCCAGACGAGUUUGUUGUUGAAUAUCAGAAGGAAGACGGCAUGUUUGGUGUGGUCCUGGAUGGUUCACUGCCGCUGGUAUCCUCACUGGAAUCCGGUGACGAAUCUUUAACCAUUGGUGCCAAGGUUCCAUCCCACGUGCUCAGCUACCUUGAGAACCAUUGUCCUCUGCUUGUUCGGCUGCUCAAGUUCAUGCUUCCAAAGGCUCCCAGGAGUCCACAGCUGGAAGAUGGCGUCAAGUAUCGAGGUCUCCCUCUGGACAACUUAUUAGCGCAUGUCUACGGACUCUGGAUGCAGCUGUCAACUCCACAGAGCCACGCUGCAUGGACCGCCAUGGCUCUUCGGGGCUCCUCAAGACCCAAUGUGGUCUGGGAGGCCCUGAGUGGCGCAGCAGGCCAGCGAGACUGGAUCAGCGUCUUGCUGAUCAUGGAGUUUGUGGAUGCCUUGGAUGGCGUGGCCAGUGGAGAUUUGGUCUUCUACAGGCGCUGCGUCCUCAGCCUCUUGGCUGCCUCCCGGCUUGACACUGAGCAAGACGCUGCGGAUAGUGCCUCUGGACCUUGGAUGUAUGCCAUGAGGAUCAGGGAUCUUCGUUUGCGGUUUGACUGCAUGCUGGCAAACUAUGUGCACUGGCCCGACACACAUGCGCUUGAAGCUCUAGAAAUGUUGAAGUCAGAAUGCCUGUAUGCUGGAGAUGUGGAGCUGCACAAGGAAGUCUCUGAAGAGCUCAACAGGUUCAAUUUGUAUCAGGAGAUUGCAGAGAACUUACGAAGGUGUGGUGAUGAAGAACAUUGCACCUGGAAGGACAUAGCUUUGAAGUCAGCAUCCGACCCACUCUUUGUUCUGCAGAAGCUGUACAAGUUUUCGUUAUGUGAUAUAGCUAGCCAGUGGUCUGACCUGCAUACCGUCAGCGCAGAAUGUUUCAAGAUUGCCACUGAGCUCAAGGCACUCCACCUACUAAUGCAGUCACCGCCCAAGUCAAAUGAAGCAUUCAAGCUCACUGAUGGACUGAACAGGGACGGCGAAGCGUUUCCACUUUGGCAGAGGGUGCUUGAUCGACUGCCCAACGCAGAGGGGAAGAUAUUGCUGCUUGACUAUUUGACAGAGACCUUCAGAGACUGCCUCAUGGAUGUUGAAUUGAUCUCAUACCAGCGCACGGGAAUUGGUCUUCGGAUGUAUAUGUGCAUCAACUCAGAAAAGCAACAGAGUUACUCAUGUCUUGUCAACGACCCUGCCCUGCUUCUUGAAAUGCUGCUGAUGAAUGCAGAGGUGGAUUCCGUAGGAAGGUCUCUCGAAGCAACGGCCAGUUUCCUGGACAGCGAUCACUCUCCCUUCACCAGAGAUGCUGCCAAUGAUCUGCUGAAGAAGUAUGCUUCCAAAGCUCUGGAGCUUCUUCUGAUGCCAACUCAACGCUCUGAGACCGAUACAACUUCGCAGUCUGCUGGAAGCAUCUCAGCAAAGGACUCUGAAGGUGCCAUGUUCACAAUGCCAGUGAAACCACCUCCACAGUCGGAAUGGACGCCUGACGCGGCUGUGUCAUGUUGCAUGGCUUGCCACGUUGAAUACUUUAGUAUGUUCAGCCGAAGACACCACUGUCGGCGCUGCGGCCGUGUUGUGUGCUACACGUGUUCUCAGCAGACCAUGGUUGUGGAGGGCUUUGGCCAAUACAAAGUCAGGGUCUGCGAUGACUGCUUCAAUCAGACUGCGAAGCUCAAGAAUGCAGAAGAAACUACAUCAGAGUCCUCAGAGGAGCAUGUUCAUCCUGUUGAAAUAAUUGAUGAUGCAGCAAGGGGUCGCUCCGACUCCAUCAAGACACCACGUAGUUCUUCUGUGUCUAAACACCUUUUCUGGCAAUUGACCACUAGUGCUGAAGAGAACGCAGCCGUCAGGGAGCAGUUCUGCUACCAUCGAGCCCCAAGUGUUUCGCUCUCACUCGCCAUUCUGGAAAAACAUUCCAACCAGGCAGACUGUGCCACUUAUAUCUUGUCUCUUUCUGAUAGUCUUUUUGCUGUUUUGGCACCAAAGAGCACUUCUGAGAGCUUCGUUGACUAUGGACUCAUAAUCACCAUGCUCAAGUCAUUGAUCCUGAGAGCCAAGGUGAAGUUUCUGAGUGCAGGCGUAACAAGUGGCGUGGCAUGUAGUGACGCUUACCUCAGGAGACUGGACAUUGUGCGUCUCAUGGUGAACGCGAACUGUCAACACCUUCUUCCAGAGGAAAUGCUUAUUCGAACUGCCAAUAAUGGAGAUGAGCCUGGCAGCCGGCGCAAGAUUGGUCGAAGCCUCAACUCGGACCAAGUACCGGAGCGCAAGCUGAGGGACCGUCUUAUGGAGACUGAACGCAUGGCCCUGGCUCUUGAAGUCUCCACCAAGUGUGGCCUUGAGACGUCCGGUGUGUUUGCUGCUUGGGGAUUGGCACUUCUGCGUGCAGGUGACUGGUCAUCUGCUAGGGAGAAGUUCUCGCACUGUUUGCAGAAACUCAAGGACUCUGGCAGUUCAUCCAGUGAGAGUCCACUACUGAAGGAAAUUAUUGAGAACCUUGAGAAGUCUCGCUACCCUGGCAUAAGCAAGGCUGCAGCUGUCUUCUGUGCUAUUGGCAGCCUGAAGAGUAUCAAAGACCCCAAUUUCGAGGUGAAAGUUCCAGUCAAUGAAUUGAAGGGUGUGGUGUACUCUGAGUGCAAACACUACCUGGAAUUGUACGGCAGCCAUCGAUCAAUGCUGGCAUUUCUCUACCGACACGGUCGAACCACACAGGCCCUCGAAUACUACCUUUCAAAGGGCUGUGAGGUGGAUCUGUUCUUAGAGGAGCUGCUUCAGCCAUCACUGAAGCAGGGCACUCUGGACGCACUGCUUUCCUCACUUCGCCAGAUGGACGCCAGUCUGAACAAAUGGUGGCCCACUCUACUUGCCGUCUGCCGCAGCCUCCAGAAACGAGGACGAAUGCAUACACUCUACACUGUGCAGCUGUUCAUGGAUGACUACCUACGUGCGGCCGUAACCAGCAUCCAGUUCUUCGAGAGCCCCCCUGCCAGCAGUUACUCGGAGCUUCACCAGCGCCUUGCACAUUUGGCCGACGCUCGAAAGCAUCUCGAGACAUACCUGUCCAAGUACACAACUUGGGACGGGAAUCGUGCGAACCGCGCAGGCAAUCAAGUUCUUACUAUGGCACCUAAGGAGGUGAACAGGAACGUUAGUAUGGUGAACAUGCAGAUCGACAUCACACGGUUCCUGAGUGCACGCGAGACUGAACAGGAGAAGCUGCUGCUGCCUCGCCAGAAGGACAGCGCAGACUGUCACGCACCAACUCUCUUUGGUGACACGGCGAUGAAGAGAGACCUAGCCUGCCUGGUACUUGUCAAUGGAAGAAAUGUCGAGGAAGGCUUUGGACUGGCAUUUCGAAUCAUCCAGGAGAAUCACUUAGAUGGGGCGUUCGUGUUUGAGCGUGCAGCUCAGACCCUUGUUUCAGCUGGAGCUGUGUCACAAGUUGAACGCCUGGUUAGAUGCAUCCAGAGCUGUGGCUACCCAGAUCGCUACGACACCGAUGCUGUCGUGCUUGCUGCCUUGCAAGAGUUGGUGCGCUCUCAGGAUGAUAAAAAAGAUUUGGACCUGCUAGUUAAAUGCCUAAAGAAGGAUGUCAACAAAGUUGAAGCAUACAUGCUGGCUGGCCGUCUGAAGACUGCCUACCUGCUGGCAGUCAGGCAAAACCGCAUUGACCACGUCAAGCGCAUCAUGGCGCUGGCCGAGGCUGCAGGACAGGAAAGUGUCCGGGCCAUCUGUGCCAAACGCCUGCAAGGUGCGGGCACACCUCCACAGUGAAGGCCUGUGUCGACACUUCCAUAUUCGUAUAUGUGCCCAGAUACGUCCGAGUGCCGUAAAGGACGUCAUUUCCUAAGGCGAUCUUUUUCUUGUGAAUAUUCCUUGGUUGUGUUUGCAAGUGUUGAUAACAGUUUCUUAUGUAGUGUAAUCCACUGGAUAAGAACCUAAUCAUUAACUUGGAUUAAACAAAAGUCAGUUGACAUUUACCUAAUACAUCCUAGCAGCUGUCGAUAUUUUGUAAAAUGCAAAGGCUUCCACUAAAGAGAAGACCAUACUUCACAGUGUGUCCACAGCUGCGCAGUUCUUUGUGAUAGGCAAAAAAACAUCCAGAUGUGGAACUGUAACACUGUACAGUACUUGCAAGCUUGAUUAUCACAUGUCAGUUGACAUGUGUUACCUUCUUUUGUUGUAUGUGAUAAACUUCAACGAGCUGAAAAAGGCACUGCUCUUGCCUCGUUUACAUAUCUACAUGUGGAGCUGUCGUGUGCAUAUUGCAUUUCUUGAUGUCUGAGCAAAUUUCAUUCCAUGACAGUGUGUUAGUUCAAUGCAGUAGCAUAGUAUAAAAGUUAAUUGCUCUUCAAUAAUUGGCUUUACGCGAAGGGCAGUAUGCACACAAUCUCUCUUCAUAUCGAAUACAUUGUGAAGUGAGUGUCUGAGUGUACAUGUUACCAUGUCAGACUUCCGGCACUGCUUCAAUUUUCGUGUGCCUUGAUCUGAGAUGCGAAAUAUGUGAAACAUGUAACACGUCUCAGCGGCAAUGAUCUUCAGUACAAGUCACUAGUGAUGAAGUGAGUGGGGCUUGCUUGCAGUUGAAUGACAUCACCCAAGUGCCUUUGUCUCCUAUUUCUAAGGCAUUCGAAAGGUGCAACACAGGCUAUAUAGAUAUUUAUGCCUUCAUGUGUGGAUAGAUGUAGUCUAUGGUUUGUGAAAGUAGACUCAUACUGUCACUUGAGGCUUUCUAUCAAUGUGUACCUUAAUCCAAGCUGAUGAGAAAAUGAUGGCAAAGGUAAACGUUUUGUAAUUAGAAAAGUACAGACCAUGGAAGGGUGUAGUUGUAAAUGUGACUAGUGUGGCUGUGAUUUUUCCUUCUUUUUUAACCCUAGUAAUUGUUGCUCAUUUUUGUGUGAACAGUGUCUUGCUACUUUUUUAUACUCCUGGAACAUUUGCCAGGUUGUACGAACGACGCGACUUGAAAGGGGCAUUUCCCCAAGAAUGUUCUCGAAAUAGUGUGUGAGCCAGGCAUGUACGUAUCUGCAAGGCUCUACUGUAAAUUUGUCAUAGCACGAGUUUGUACCAAAGAUACUAUUGAUGUACGCUUGCCUUUCUUUAGUGUGAUGUCAUAAGAAACUAGUAUAAUUUGAAGGGAAGUGCUUGUGUAAUAUGUAGCUUUGCUAAUGUGAGCUCUCUAUUAUUGCAGUAAUUAUGCACUGUAUAGAAUGUCACAUGAGGAGGAUAAAUUUAGUGCAACGUCGCCAAAUAACUCUCGUUUUCCACUUGUUAUCAAUUGCUUGGCAUCUUCCAAGACUGGUGUCACACAAGUUUGUUACAGGGGGUGUGUUUUGUAAAUAGCCAUGGCCAUGUUGAGCAAAAAAAAAAGAAUUGUACGCGUGUGUGCAUAUAGGUAUAUAUACACCAUGUUGUAUUGAAGGCUUGUAAUACUAUGUGCCAAGCCAAAAAAAAUAGUGAUGUUCUUUCCUGGUAAAGACACUAUGUGCACUGUCAGAGAAAAACGCCUGUUUUUCGUUCAAGCGAAUACAGCUUCAAAAUUUCUUGGACAGUUACUAAUACAACGCCUUGAUAUUUCAAACAAAAAGAUUAGCCUGCAGUGGUUUGUUGUUUUACCUGCUGCUGGUACUUGAACAUUUAGGAGGUAUUUUUUCUAACAGUGGGUGGUCUUGUACAUAAUGUGUUUACCGUUUUCGCAGUGUUUGUUGCAUAAUGUGCCUUUAGCAUUCGGUGCACCUAUAGGCAUCUGAUACUGCCGCACGUAAAGAUACAAGACUUUUGUACAGCUGGCUAUGUCGUUCAUCUACUAGUGGCAAUGUGUCGCACUUAAAUGCAGUAAAAAAUGUGACCACCACCUUACAACCUAAUUUGUGC